ACAUUCAGUCGGCGCGAGUCGAGCGAGCGAGCCCCAUUCAGAGCCCCAUUCGCCGAUUGCUUUGCUCAUUUCUGUCUGCCUUUUACACCUGCAUGUGCGUGUGCGUGUGCGUGUGCCUUGGCUGUGCGUGUUUGGAGUCGUGUUCGUGUUCGUGCUCGUGUUACUCGUGUUCGUCUUGGGGUUCGGGCUCGGCUCCCCCAGUAUUUGGGUAUUGGUGAGUGAGUGGGGCGCGCGCGCGCUUUUGCGAGACGAGACACAACGCUGCCUCCGUUGCCGCCAUCCCGACGCUGACGCUGACGUUGACGUUGACUUUGACGCUGACGCUGACGUUUGUUGUUUGCGACCAACAAACAGUGGCAGCGGUUUUUGUGCUGACUUUAGAUUUUAGUUUCGCUGAUACCGUAAGAGAUAAACGACGUGCCGCGCGGCAGCUCCCCCACAAAGCAAGCGGCAAGAAGCGACGAACAGCAGCACCAGAAAGCGAGCAACAAGCAAACAGAGAGACAGACCGCAGAGUCAUGCCCCAAGCGUGCUGAGCACUUGUGCAACAUAGAGUUAUAUUUAGUAGAGAACAUACUACUACCCACAACAACAACAACAGCAGCAACAACAGCAGCAACAGCAACAGCAACAGCAACAGCAACAAUAGAAAUGUCUCUCUAUGUCUAUGCCGCACCGGCAACAGCAGCGGUGCCCCUGCAACUCUGGCACUCAGUGCCCCAAAAUUAGUCAAACACACGCAUUGUAGAAAAUCGUCCAGAAUCUGUGAAAAAACGCAAAUCAGAGCCGAAUAUUUUUUUGCAGUUGAAAAUUGAAAAUACCUCAAAACAAAAAAGGUACAAACAAAAAUAAACAGCAAACAACAAACAACAAACAAAAAACAAAAAACCCACAAACAACGAACCGAAAGUGCAAAAAACAGUCUUAGUGCAAUUUUAAAGAAUAGUUUAAAUAAUUUUUGAUUUUUUUUUUUGAGUGGGAAAAAGAAACGGGAACGAGGAAAAACCCGCUGGGCAGAAACCCGCAGGAAAAACCAUGUCUAAAGUGUAACACGCUGCGUAUACGCAACAAUUUUUUUGAAGAAGUCACGCAUACGACGCGUUGUGCAAAAUGAUUAUGGUGCAACAUUUGGUGGCUGCCACGGCGCACAAUUUCGCCAGCCAGGCGGCAGCCCUAGCCAAUGUCUCGAGCUCCAGUUCGAGCUCUUCGCUGUCCUCCUCUUCAUCCCUAUCCUCGUCAUUAUCCUCCUCUUCGUCGUCGUCCUCCUCAUCCUCUUCGUCAUCCAGUUCGUCACUGUCCUCGGCCACGCCCACGCCUGUGGCAUCACCAGCGGCAGCAGCUAUGCCAGCUCCAGCAGAGGCCCCGCCAGCAGCAGGCGAGACCCCAGAGGCAGAGGAGCCCAUGGAGGAGGCUGCCAGCCAGGAAGAGCCCAAAACAGAGAAAGAGGAACGCGAUGAGCGUGAGAAGCUGGUGAAGCUGGAGAAGCAGGAACGGGAACCAGAACCAGGUGCCAUAGAUGAUACCGAGUCAGGGUCGGCGCGGCAAAGUCCAAGUCCAGCUGCGUCUGCGUCUGCGUCCGCUGCCAAAUCCCAGGAGCUAGCGCCAGCCCAAGAAGAGAUCAGCGCCCCAGCCGUCGCCGUCGCCGUCGUCGCGGAUGAGGAGGAGGAGGAGACCGAAUCUCUCGCACCGGACUGCCGCGAGUUCAAAGUGCUGUACAACCAUCUGAGGCAGCAGCAGCACCACCAAUCCUCCCCAGACAAAACUCGCAGCACCCUGGACGAUGUCUCCAAGAUCCUGUGGGAGCGCAAGCAGCAGCUCCAGCGGAGCUCCGUCAUUACCAGCAACGUGCAGGCCGCCGCCGCAACCCAGCUCCUGCCGCAGCCACAGCACAGGGAUCCCGAGGAAAGCCAGCAGCAGCCCAUGAGCGACAUCGAGGACGAAGAGACCCUCGAGGAUGCGGACGAGGCCGAGGCCGAUGCGGAUGUCGAGGCGGAUGCAGACGACGAGGAGCUCCUCGAGCAGUACCAGGACGGCUACGACUCGCCCCUGGAUCUGUCCCUGAGCAGCGCCACCAGCGCCGCCGCUAAUGCAGCAGCAGCCGCCUCUGCGGCCAGUCGCCGGCGGGGACGCACCUACUCCGGCACGGAGUCGGACGAUUCGGCCCAGUGCGAGCGGGCGAGGAUGCGCCUCAAGCCGGAGCGGAAGGCGGAGCGUUCGGCGGCCUACAAGAAGAGCUUGAUGAAGCGAUACUAUACCGAAAUUCCUAUUGUCAAACAAUCGACGAGUCCAGCACCACAACAACAACAGCAACAGCAGCAGCAGCAUCAGCAGCAACAGAUCCUGCAGCAGCAGCAACACCAGCAGCAGCAGCACAACGGAACCGCCUUUGGUGGUGGCACCACACUGCUGCACAUCAAGACGGAGCAGAACCCGUUGCUCACGCCGCUCCAGCAGCAGCAGCAGCAGCAGCAACAGCAACAGCAGCAUAGCUUACAUGGUGGUGCAACGGGCGGCGGCACCAAUGGUGGUGGCAAUAACGGGAACAACAACAACAGUGCACACCAGCAGCAGCAACAACCACUGGCCAUACCGCACCGGCCCCUGUUGCACAAUCUGCUCAGCGGCGGCGCCAUCCACAAUCCACAUCACAGGAACUACACGACGGCCACAACAGGCUCAUUUCCGCCCAGUCCCGCGGAUAGCGGCGUAUCCGAUGUGGACAGCUCGAGUUCCGGCGGCCAGCCCUGCGCCGACGAGCUGAAGGCGCGCCUGGGCAUGCCCGCUGCCACGUCAGCAUCGGCAGCGGCCGCAGCAGCAGCAGCCGCGGCGGCAGCGGCGCACCUCCACACGGGCACCUUUCUGCAUCCGAAUUUAUACCAGAACAAUGCGGCGAAUUCUCUGAGGAACAUAUGGAAUCGCAGUGUUGGGGUGCCCGACAAUUACUAUGGCAGCAGUGGAGGCGGUAGCGGCGGCGGCGUCGGCAAUCCAGGGGCGCCCGGCAACCCCCCGACCCCCAGCUACCUGACAACGUCCUACUUCAACGCACCGACGCAGCAGCAGCGAAGCUCUGCCGUCAACGGCUAUCAUUCCCUGCACCAGCAGCAGCAGCAGCAGACGCAGCAGCAUCAAUCCCAGCAGCAGCAGCAACAAGCGUACGCGCAGCAGCAGCAGCAACAGCAACAGCAGCACCCGCACUCGCAGCUGGCGCCUCCCUCGCAUCCACAUCCGCAUCCACACCAAACGCAGCAGCAGCACACGCAUUCCACAAUCGCCAAUGCAGCGGCGGCAGCAGCGGCGGCCUCCGUUGUGAGCAGCAGCAGCAGCGCGGUGGCAGCGGCCGCCAUGCUUAGCGCCAGUGCAGCGGCGGCGGCCGCCUCGCAGAGCGUCAUCCAACCGGCGACGUCGAGCGUCAGCUAUGAUCUCUCCUACAUGCUGGAGCUGGGCGGCUUCCAGCAGCGGAAGGCGAAGAAGCCGCGCAAGCCGAAGCUGGAGAUGGGGGUGAAGCGGCGCAGCCGGGAGGGCUCCACCACCUACCUGUGGGAGUUCCUCCUGAAGCUGCUGCAGGAUCGCGAGUACUGUCCUCGCUUCAUCAAGUGGACGAACCGGGAGAAGGGCGUCUUCAAGCUGGUCGACUCGAAGGCGGUGUCACGCCUCUGGGGCAUGCACAAGAACAAGCCGGACAUGAACUACGAGACGAUGGGCCGUGCCCUACGCUACUACUACCAGCGCGGCAUCCUUGCGAAGGUCGAUGGUCAGCGACUGGUCUACCAGUUUGUCGAUGUGCCCAAGGAUAUAGUUGAGAUCGAUUGCAAUGGUGUCUGAGAGAGGAGAGGCGAUCGGCAGGAUCAACAGGAUCGUCAGGAUCGUCAGGAUCGACUGGAUCGGGCGGCUGUAAA